AUGUUGAACAGCCUCCUCGUCUUCCUGUUGAUACAUGAUGAGCUAUAUGCCUUUAAGAUGGGCAACGUUCGUAUGCAGAUAAAGACAACACAUUUCUGCAAUCUUGACUUGAGGGACAUCAAGGGGAACCCAGUGCCAUGUCACAUCUCCAAGGCUAUGGAGACUCAGGGGCUUGUCCUACCUGGUUUGGAUGAUAACAAGUCGUUCACCGUCCAUCAAGACGUCUUCAUCGCCAAGGACGGUCAAGCGGUAGUUCAAGCAGCGCCGAAUCACCCGUUCCUGUAUCUUCUCAUGAUCCAGAACGACACGCACUUCAGCACCUCCCAACUCUUCAAUAGACACUCGUUUCUUAUAGAGCAGGGAAACAGGAAAAAUGAUUCUCGCAAGCACGGUGUCAAUCGUACGCUCGAAGGUGAUGGUUGGGUCUAUAAAGGUUUGGUAGAUGAAGGUGGACAGAAGCUGAACAAAUGGGUCAGAAGUGGAGUGGAAGGUGUUGAUCCCAAAUCGGGUCUCAACUUCACUGCCCUCGCUCAGACUGGUGUGAUCACUAACGCUUGGGUCCUCUAUCUUGACAAGGAUCAGAAGCAGAUGGUGAAGCUCUUGGGUAUCAACACCUUCGAGAAUGAUAAAGUCCAUCUCGAGUCCGAGGUCACUCACUGGGAGGAGCUCGACGGUGCAUUAACUUUGAAUGUUGCCGUGAAGGAUAUUCACGCGGCGUAUGAUAUCGUCCAGAACUACAAUCAGGCAGCAGCAAAAGAAGAGGCGCCACAACUAGACGUUGAGUUCAUCAAGACCCGGUUGGUUAACGAAGAGGCUCGUCUAUUCUUCACGGACGGGAAGAGCCACGACUGGAGGUCGAACAAGACUAAUAUUCGUGGAGAUAAGUCAGUAGCACCGAUCGAUUAUUUUCGCCUCCCCAAUGGCACAGCUGCAUAUGAGUUCUUUCUGUACAAGAGUCACUCUCUUCUACAGGAGAAGGAGACGUUCCAAUUACCACCGGCUUGCAGGGAUGGUUUGACCAAGUCGGCUAGUCAAUACUGCCUGUAUGUUGGUUACGUCUCUAACGACACGCUACUGGCCCUGGACGUAUAUAUGGCUUAUACCGACCAAACCAAUCCGGAAAAUAGAGCUCACUUCAAUGUCACAGUCCAUUUGAAGCAGCCGGAGACGGAGUUCCUACUCUUUGCUUUCGAAGCCGGUGGAUGCGCCUUGGUUUGGGCUGCUGAUAUUGGCAUCGCAGGCUUGCGCAUUGAAGUAUGUCUUACGGGUGGAGGCGGCGGUGGGAAUGGCACUUACGGAGGGAAAGUAGCGAUGUCGGUCGCGGUCAUAAUCAAAGUUGGUAUCUUCCCUGCGUUGAGAGCCACACUCUCUGGUCAAGUUGCGGUCAAGGCUUCGACCAAUGGUGACGUCAAAGCAUAUGGUAAGCUGGGUAUUGAGGUUUCGGCGGUAGUUGUCGGAGCCGGUAUAUCUGUGGACAUCUUCGGCAACACUGUUGAUCGAAAAUAUGAUGUUUGGAAAUUCAAGUCCCACUUCAACCUUCACGUAUGGGUUGAUGUCCUCGUCUACAGCCAUGACUGGCCAUGGAGCUGGCCUAUUUGGGAAGCUGGUCCGGUUAAAGUGCGAUGA